AUGGCAGACUUGAACCCUUCGUUCACGUUCGACUUUGGGGGCGGUGGAGAGGGCGAUGCACAGGCCCCCUGGGAAUUUGGCGGCGCGCUGGCACAAGCGGAGAAGGAUGUGGGUGCCAGCAACGCCACCACCAUAGACUACAAGAUCGCUCAGCUGCUGGUGCGCACCAAGCGACCGGCGGCGGGCAAGAAGGCGGCGCCUGCCAAGGGCGGCCGCGGGCGGCCAGCGGCCGUCGCUCCCGUCGGCGACAGCGACGACGACGCCUGCGGCAGCGGCAGCGACAGCGAGGAGGAUGUGCCGCUGCCUGGGGAGGUGGAUGAUGAUGACGAGGAGGAGGAAGAGGGAGCGGACGUAGAUUUGGAUGGAGGGGACAGCGAGGAGGAGGUGGUGGAGGAGGAGGAGGAGGGCAGCGAGGACGAGAUUGCAAGGGCGGGGAUGGAGCUGGACUUGGAGCAGCUGGACUCGAACUCUGACGAAGAGCAGGAAGAAAGCGAGGAGGAGGAGGAGGAGACAAAGAAGGUGGCGGCGCCACCGCCGGCCGGGAAGCGCAAGCGCGAGCAGGCAGCGGCACAGCAGCAGCAGCAGCAGCAGCAGCCGCAGCCGCGCAGGGGUGCUGCGGGCGUGGCAGACGGCGCCGGCGACGCGCAGCGGCAGGAGGGGAGCGCGGAGGGGAAGCGGCGCAAGGGCGGCUUCUUUGAUGCCACCCCGGAAGACACCAAAUUUGUUGCCAAGGUGUGGCUGGGGUGGGCUGGCUGUGCUGGCUAA